AUUUUGAUCCACACUCCAUACCAGUUAAAGGCGGCAAUGCAACAAAAAGUUGUUUGCUCACCGCCAAUAAACCUCAAAGAAGAAGAGAGGAUUUUCCGAGUAUACAUUGAACGCAUCAAUUUUAUCCACCGGAGCAGAUUCAUCAGAAAGUCGGCCGUCGUUUUAUUAGAAUCAAGACGAAUUAAAAGCAACAAUGGAUGUCUCUCAUGAAGUACAUUUGCUGGUGCAGGAGAUUCAGCGCCUCGGCAGUAAAAAUGCCGAUGGUCAAACCAGCGUGAAGUUCGGGGUCUUAUUUAACGACGACCAGUGUGCCAACAUCUUCGAGGCGUUGGUGGGCACCCUGAAGGCCGCCAAGAGGAGGAAGCUGGUCACCUUCCAGUCCGAGCUGCUUCUUCAAGGGGUCCACGAUGACGUCGAUAUCGUCCUGCUCCAGGAAUGAAGCACAAGUUUGAACCAGGUGGCCUUCUAGCGACUCAGAUACUGAGCUUCUGCAGUGUACCAGCUUGUCACUGAGCUUCCGUUUUCAGUUCUCCUCCAUCUUGUGCAAGGCUCAGUAUUUGAAUUUAAACAUAAUCACCAAACCAAUAACAUCCACCAGUACACUUACAGGCUCAGCUGGCAUAUCUGCAUAUGAUUUAAUUUGAUUUCACUUUGCCAAACAUUAUCACAAAAACUAAAUGGAGAAUAUUUAAGGUUCUCAGGGGCUGAUUUACGGCCACAUUCAUAGUUUCAUAUGACAAGGACAAAUGGUGUUUCUCUCUUUCUCAGGCGCUGCUGUUUACCAACCACGGGUCUGAAAUGUCAUUUUGAUACACGCUUUUAAGACUAUGAGCGCAAAAAUCAAGAAUGUAAUUCUUUGUGUAAUACAUAAUCUUUUUUUUUUUUUAUUCCCGGGAGAAAUUACAGUAUAAGUUCACUAUCCCAGCCAUCUCUUGAUGGUAUCAGUGUCAGGAUAAAGUAGCGCAGAACAAGACACUGGCUAGAUUUAGCAACUUUGACAAACUUUUUCACGUUUUUGAUUAGAGCCCUCUGAUCCUGACAAGUUGUUUGUAAAGGGUACUUGUUUUUAAAGCUGCACUAGUCUCCCUUAUCAGUCUCAAUUGGCAAUGGGAGUUAGGAUCUCAUUACUUUAAAUCCAUGUAAUGUGUUUUGACGUUAAUUCUAGUGCAGCUUGGGUAGCGUGUUUCCACCAACAGUCUCAACAAAUGGCGGUUCCAUUUAUUUACAUGAGCCAUUUCUACUACCUCUUGUGGACUUUGUAAAAAGACGCUAUUAGACCAGUGCUUUUGGAACUAUGAGAACAAUUCCUUCAUAAAAAUUACAGACGAGUGCAUUUCAAGAAAGACUUUUUCACCUUUUGUACACGUUGCAAUCUGCUAGAGUAGUUUUUAUUCCAUCUUUUUACAUGUGGUGUGGUCUAUAGUGACUUUUCUCUGCUACACAAACUCCAAAACCUGCCUUUCGUAAGAAACAGUUGAUGAGCAAAUGGCGAAUGUAUUUCUCGUGCAAUUUUUAGUAGUGCAUAAUAAUUACAGGGUGAUUGGUGCCAGAUGCAAAGGAUGAAUUUGUGAUGUUUCUCAGGACCAAAUCAACACAACCAAAAUAUGUUUAAUUGUCCUGUAGCUUAAGUUAGGUGUCUCACCUAUGACACAAGUUGUGCAUUUAUAGUUUGAUUUUUUUUAUUUUUAUUUACCGCGAUUUAUUCUGUACUGUAGGUCAAAUGAUACUUGCAGAUCAGGCGUGCCUGUUUUGGUUUUGUGUGGUUUCAAACCAUCAGAACUCAUCUCUUGUUGUUUCAUUGUGUCAAAGGUCAUUUUUGUUUUUCCAUUUUGCUGAAAUAUCAACGACAAGCACUUUCAGCUUGGUAUGUGGAGGUCCAUAGUGGUCAAAAUUAAGAUGAAUUAAAAGACAACAUGAAGUAAAUAAUAAUAAUAUGAACAAAUAGACAAUGUGCAAUACAACAUGAAAUAAUCCAAUUUACUUUUAAAACUCUAAUCAAUCAACUCCACAAAACCAUUUUAGGUAAUUUCUUAAUUAAUUAGGGCUAAUUUUCAUUCAAAAUGCCCUUUCCAUACAUGCCCUUUACAUCAAAAUUACAUUCUUCCAAUUGAGCAUUUUAUUUCAAACUCUCACUGUCGAGAUUAACGAUUUGUCAUGGCAGAUACAGCUACGUGAUUGGCUGUUCACUCAUUCAUAACAAAGCAUCAGCCAAUCCCAUACCUGGCUCUGCCCUGUUUGUCUUUUCAUAAAAACGUUGGGAUGAAACAUGGCUUUGAUUAGUUAGUAAAUUGCAUUUUCAAAUAACAACUUUUAUAAAAUAACCUGUGAAACAAUCCUAUUUUGAUUGAGUUUAAACUGUACUGGAAGUUUAACGAUUUAACGGUUCAAAUUGUUCAAAUUUAGUCUUUAUUCAUUUAGUUCAUUUAUAUAAAACAUUUCACAGUAUCAUAUUCAUUUUUGACCACUUUGCGCUCCAUACUUUUGAUAAGUGGCUGUGGAUGCAAGAAGAAAUAUUUGUCUUGGAUAAACACCAGAAGGACCAACAAUCUCCAAAUGUUUGGCUGGAUGUAACAUCUCCUACGUGGCAGCGUUGGUGCUGCGCUGCAUAAUAUAUCACAAAGAAGAGAGGCAAGCGAUCGCUGGCUGCCUCAUCUGCAAGUUUUAUAAGACCCUGUUCACAUUUACUGCUGUUGUAUUACCCUUCCUGAAUCUUUCAGGCUCAGUUGCGGGCUGUUUUGCUUCUCUUUGACUUGAAUUAUGUUUUUUUUCCUGAACCAUAUAGGAGAUUGUGCUGUAAACAGCAUUUGUGGCAUAUAUCCUGGAUAUCAACACUUUGUCAAAGUCAGGAAAACUGAAUGAGUUUAACCGUAUGCUAAUUAUGAAUGAAGCUGAAAUGAAGCCUAGAAAACAAUAUGUAAUCAUAAUGCAGAACAACAGGCUAAGCAGGGGUUGGAAAAGUUAUGGGAGUAAUGGAGAAAAAGCGAGAGUGAGGAUAAACCAUGCUGCUGGCAUCACUGUCAUCUAGGGUUAACCUGCUGCAUGUUGCACUGGAGGGAGCUGAAGAGAAACGCAAAUUACAGCACAAGUUAACACAAGAGGAGAAAGUUAUCAUCAGAUCGGUCCCAAUACCUCAAACCAUUUCUGUGAACUAUUGGGAUGCCUGCGCGAUGUGUUCAUGUGCGUCAUUACUGUCUUUUUGUAUUGGCAAUAACACCUUCCUAAAAGAACAAAGGUUUCUGUUACUGUGGAAUACGCUGCGAGAAAUAAAAUCUUUACACUUGAAGCCUUGAA